UUCACGUGUAUGUUGAUAGGGGGGAGGGUUUGGUCUUCUUGUCUUUGACUCUUUCUUGUCUUUUUCGAUGCAUUUUUCUUCACUCACAAGGUAAUUAUAUAUCAUCUUUUGUAUAUGAGACAGCUACAUUUUUGCUUCCACUUCACAUAAUAAUCUCUCUCUCUCUCUCUCUCUCUCUCUCUCUCUCUCUCUCUCUCUCUCUCUCUCUCUCUCUCUCUCUCAUAUGGGAAUUAAUGGAGCCAUGGAGGUCCCCCUCCAAUCCGUUUCCCACUCCACCCAUCGACCAACAAACACAAUCUCUCUCUCUCUCUCUAACUUUUAUAUUCAUUCAUAUUUUAAGCAAACCCCACAACCAUCACCAUCAUCAUCACCAUUACCACCCCAUGAAGCCUUCUCAUCAUCUUAUAUAGCUUUCUUUUAGAUCUCCAUCCUUGAAAUUAACCACUUAAAUCAGAAACCCCUCAGAAACUGGUCUAGCAAUUAUAAUGCGAAAGCCAGAGUCUAUGGGAAAAGAGGAGGGAGCAAACAAUAUUAACAAGAAGAAGAAGAUGAUACUGAGCAAGCUUAGGAAGGGGUUGUGGUCGCCUGAGGAAGAUGAGAAGCUGAUGAGGUACAUGUUGACUAAUGGACAAGGCUGUUGGAGUGACAUUGCUAGAAAUGCUGGUCUCCAAAGGUGUGGAAAGAGUUGCCGUCUUCGAUGGAUUAACUACUUGAGGCCUGACCUCAAGCGUGGUGCAUUUUCACCCCAAGAGGAAGAACUUAUCGUCCAUUUCCAUUCAAUUCUUGGCAACAGGUGGUCACAGAUUGCUGCACGUCUGCCAGGACGAACGGACAAUGAAAUAAAAAACUUUUGGAAUUCUGCAUUAAAGAAAAGGUUGAAAAAGAACAAUAUUUCGACGUCCUUAUCAUCACCAAACGAUAGUGAUUCAUCAGAGCCUAGAGAUGUCAACAUUACUGGAGGGACGACGUUUAUGCCCAUGCAUGACCAUGACAUGAUGACCAUGACCAUGUACAACAUGGAUUCAUCUUCCUCAUCAUCUGCAUCCAUGCAAGCCAUGUUCGUCAACAGCAACACAUUAUUCGAUCCCUUCUCCAUGCUUGACCACCGCUAUGACAUGGCCCAUGCAGAUGCUACAUUGAACGUUAAUCCCACAUGCUUAGCAAACUUACCAAAUAUUGGAGACCAGGGGUAUUAUGGGGAUUGUGGAAACUUAGGGGCUGGCCAUAAAAUGGGGUUAGAAGGUGACCUUUGUGUUCCUGCACUUGAGAGUAGAAGCGUGGAGAGUAAUGUGAAUGGUCAAGUAGCUGAGAAUAUAAGCAAGACUAUUAACAACCACUUCCAUAAUAAUUGCUUCAAUAACACGACGGAAAUGAUCGGGUUUAAAGUAGAUGAGGACAUGCUUGGGUUUGGAAAUAAUGGUCAUGGAGAAAACUUGAGAAUGGGAGAAUGGGAUUUUGAGGGUUUCAUGCAAGAUAUAUCCUCCUUUCUCUCUUAGUUCAAGCCAUUUUGCAAAGCAAAUUUUGGCAUACACCAUUUCCUUCUUUACCAAAUUCAAACUACCCUCUUUUUGGUACAUGCAUGGAAUAAUAUAUCUCAUCGUUCGUGUAGAGAUCAGAAGUGUCAAUAGUGAUGUAGAAAAUAGAAUAAGACAUGAGGAAUAUUUGUAAUUUGUUAAUUGUUUUGUACACAAAAGAAUAAAAAUGUGGUGGAAGUUGUUAGUGGAAUAUGUGAAGAUGUAAACAGACGUUAAUAACGAGCAAAGUAGAUUCAAUAUAUUCAAUGUUC